AUGAAACCCAUUCCUGCCAGCACCGAGUACUACGCCCUAGGCCCCUUCACCCGCCCGAUAAGCACAACCUCCCCGGACGCACAGACAUGGUUCAACCGCGGUCUCGUCUGGGUCUACGCUUUCAACCACGCCGAGGGGGUUUCCUGCUUCCGGCAGGCCAUCGCACAUGACCCCUCGUGUGCCAUGGCAUAUUGGGGUCUUGCGUAUGCCGUUGGUCCGAACUAUAAUAAACCCUGGGAACGGUUUGAUCGGCAUGAUUUGGAGACUUCGGCGAGGAGGGGGUUUGAUGCGGCGAGGGAGGCCAAGAAGAUUGUCAAUGCGAAUGAGAAGCAUGUAGCCCCGUGGGAACAGGCGGUUAUCGAGGCGAUCCAGACGCGCUAUGAGAGCCCAGAUCCGCCGAGUGACCCCGGUCUCGUGAAUCGACGAUAUGCCGCCGCCAUGGCGAGUGUGUAUCAGGCCUUUGGCGAGGAUAUCGAGAUUGCAGUCCUAUACGCCGACGCCCUUAUGAACGUUACCCCCUGGGCGCUCUGGAACCUGUUUACAGGGGAACCCGCACCGAAUGCGCCGACGACGCUGGUCAAGUCUGUGCUGGAGGGGGCACUCGCUCGAGAAGGCGCACACGACCAUCCCGGGUUACUGCACUUAUACAUCCACUAUAUCGAAAUGUCCCCAAUGCCCGAACUCGGAAUCAAGCUCGCCGACCGCCUGCGCGAGCUCGUGCCCGAUGCAGGCCACCUCCACCACAUGCCCACCCACCUCGACAUCCUCGUCGGCGACUGGAGACGAUCCAUCACAUCAAAUCAAAAGGCCACGCUUGCUGAUGAAAAGUACCUCAAGAACGUCGGGCCGUAUAACCUAUACACCUUCUACAGACUACACAACUACCACUCGCUCAUCUACGCGGCCAUGUUUGCGGGUCAGUACGCGACGGCGAUUGAUGCUGUGACCCGGAUGGAGGAGUCUGUGCCUGAGUGUGUAUUGCGUAUGAGAUCUCCGCCGCUGGCGGACUGGUUGGAGAAUUUUCUGGCGGCGAGGUUGCAUGUCCUUAUUCGGUUUGGGAUGUGGGCGGAGAUUAUCCAGACUGCCUUGCCGAAAGAUCAAGAGUUAUACUGCGCCACGACGGCUACAACGCACUAUGCCAAGGGUCUCGCCUUCGCAGCGACAGGUCUAGUCUCCAUGGCCAAGAAAGAGCGCGAGGCAUUCUAUCAAGCGCGCUCCCGCGUUGCGCCCUCGCGUCGGGCCUACAACUGCAAAGCGGUUGAGACAUUGGCCGUAGCCUCCGCCAUGCUCGAUGGCGAGAUCGCCUACCGCGAAGGAAACUUUGAUGCAGCCUGGAAACACCUCCGGCACUCCACCGAACUCGAUGACAAACUCCCCUAUUCUGAACCCUGGGCGUGGAUGCAACCAGCCCGGCACGCGUACGCCGCCCUCCUACUCGAACAGGGCCACGUCGAAGAAGCAGCGCGAGAGUACCGUGCGGAUCUCGGCCUCGACACAUCACUCAUUCGACCGCGCCGGCACCCGAAGAAUGUCUGGGCGCUGCAGGGGUAUCAUGAGUGUUUGGUGCGGAUGGGAAGAACAGAAGAUGCGGCUGUUAUUGAGCCUGCGUUGAGACUUGCAAUGGCCGUUGCGGAUGUACCGAUUCGCGCGUCGUGUUUCUGUCGACGGGAUACGGCGGGUGUGCCGGACGUUAUUGAGAAGAGUAUUUGCAAGGAUGGAAAGGGGAAGGGGAGCCGGUUAUGA